AUGUCAGCCUUUUCUUCGUCUUCUUGUUCUUCGGAUUCACAACAUCCUUCUUCUCUACCUCCUCUUCUUCCGAUGGAUCAUCCCGAAUUUAUUUCAACACAUCGAGGUCCAAUUGAUGAAUCGAAUUGGUUGAUCCCUCAACGUGUUCUCAUGUCUGCCUAUCCUGGUGAUUUAAAACCACAAGUCGCUCAGCAAAAGAUUGAAACAUUAAUUCAAAGUGGAAUUAAUUGUUUUGUGUGUUUACAAACAGAAAAUGAAUUGAAACGAUUUCAUCCCUAUCGUCCAUUGAUUGAAAAGUUCCAAGUUACAAGUGAGAAGGUGUUGAACCAUGAUGAAUCAUAUGGAAUGAUUCAACAAGAAUUAUCAUGUUCUUCUUCGACUAAUCCAACGAGAAGCAAUUUGGGAGCUAAUUCCAAUCCAACCAAUAGUAGUACUAGUAGUAGCAAUACCUCUAUUAUUGAAUAUUUACAUUUUCCAAUUCAGGACGCAAUGAUUGCAUCUGAUACUCAAGUGAUGAAAUUUGUUCAACAAGAUUUAAUUCCAAGAAUCGUUUCUAAUCAUCAUUGUAAAAUUUUAAUACAUUGCUGGGGAGGUCAUGGCCGUACUGGAACCAUUGCAAGUAUAUUAUUGAGUCAUUUAUAUCAAUUAAAUGCUGAGGAAAGUUUACAACGAGUAGCAAAAUGUCAUAAAUGUAGAGCGAGACCAAGAGGAAGAGCUCCAACCACAGAAGUUCAAUUUCAACAAGUACGAAGAUUAUGCGUAGGAUCCAAAGAGCUUCAAAAUCAAGAAAUUGAUGAUAUGGCAUGA